UAUGUGAUUUGAUUUCGCUAUUGAAUUUGAAAUAGUUUAGUUGUGUUUUCUCUGGAACUUUUGUGAGCGAAAUUUUAAUCAAAAUAAAUAAUAUAUAGUGCGUAAAAAAAUUAUCUUUCUGCACUGCUAUCCAAAAUUAUAGAACGCAAUGCGUUCGUUACUAUACGUUUUAUUCGCUUUGCUAGCGAAUGCUACUGCGCAAAAGCUAGAGAAGAUUAAUACGAUUUCGGAUAAUGUGGGCAAAGUAUACCACUAUCAGCCGGAACAAGUGCAUUUGGCCUUUGGUGAAACCACACGCGACAUCGUUGUGACUUGGUCCACGCGCGACGAUACUAACGAGUCCAUCUGCGAAUAUGGCCUUGAAACGUUUGAGUUUGUGCAAAAGGCAACAGAGCCACCAAAAAAGUUUGUGGAUGGCGGCAGCGCGCACAGCGUACAAUACAUACAUCGCGUGACUUUGUCCAAUUUGCAACCAGAAAAGCGUUAUAUUUACCAUUGCGGUAGCAAGCUUGGCUGGUCGCUGCAAUUUUGGUUCCGCACACCACCGACGCAUGCGCAUUGGUCGCCCUCACUAGCGAUAUACGGCGAUUUGGGCAAUGAGAAUGCGCAGUCUUUGCCGCGCUUGCAGCAGGACACGCAACGCGACAUGUACGAUGCCAUUUUGCAUGUGGGCGAUUUCGCUUACGAUAUGCAUUCGGAGAAUGCCGGCGUUGGCGAUGAGUUCAUGCGUCAGGUGGAGGCCAUAGCAGCUUAUGUACCCUAUAUGGUGUGUGCGGGCAAUCACGAGCAGACCUACAAUUUUUCGAACUAUCGCGCGCGUUUUAAUAUGCCCGGCGGCACGGAGAAUCUAUUCUAUAGCUUCGAUUUGGGUCCCAUACACUUUGUGGCCUUCUCAACCGAGCUCUACUACUUUCUACACUACGGCUUGAAGAGUUUAGUUUCGCAGUACGAGUGGCUGCAGCGAGACUUAGAGACCGCGAAUCGACCAGAGAACCGCAAAGCGCGUCCUUGGAUAAUAACCUUUGCACAUCGUCCGAUGUAUUGCAGUAAUGACAACGGCGAUGACUGUUCGAAGCAUGAAACGGUUGUGCGCGCUGGUUUGCCGGUGUUGCAUAUGUUCGGCCUGGAGCAACUGUUCUAUGAGCAGGGCGUCGAUGUCGCGAUAUGGGCGCAUGAACAUUGCUAUGAGCGUUUGUGGCCCAUCUAUGAUUACAAAGUGUUUAAUGGCUCAUUGACCGCGCCUUAUCGCAAUCCACGUGCGCCUGUUCAUAUUAUAACCGGUUCGGCAGGUAAUAAGGAGGGGCGUGAGCCCUUCUUUAAAGUGAUGCCCAAGUGGAGCGCGUUUCAUAGUCAGGAUUUCGGUUAUACUCGUCUGAAGGCGCACAACGGCACACAUUUGUACUUUGAACAGGUGUCCGAUGACAAGGAUGGCCAAAUUAUCGAUGCAUUUUGGGUUGUCAAGGAUAAGCAUGGCAGUUAUGCCGAGGAAUAAGCAUUUAAAAGGACAUGAGAAAUAGCGAUAACAAUAAUAAUAACGAUAUAAGCUGUGAAUUUCACCAAAAAAUGGCUAAGGAGUUUUGCAAAAGCAAAGACUUUGGUCAAAAGCAAUCUCUAAUCUCAAAAUAUUACAUAUUUGUAUUUUUUAUUAUCUAUUUAUGCAUUAAAAUGUUAUUUAAAUUUCUC